AUAUUUUUUAUUAAUUGUUGAUAAGGAAACACAUAGCUGCUAAGGCAUGGAAGGUUUAGAAACUGUGGAAAGCUCUGCAGACCUCCAGACUGAGUCAAUCAAAUCAGCGUCUGGGUCUGCUGCUCCUGAGACCCCGAGUAUUGUUAAAUCUGCUCCAGUUUCUGUUAUUCAGUCAGUACCUAAGACUAACGGCCAUAUCGAGGUUGAGAAACACCCUGAUACCAAUGGCGAUGCUAAAUUAACCAACGGAGGGUCAAGUGAACCGACCGAAGAGCAGACUCCAGCUGAACCAGAGGAAACUAAAGCUCCGGCUGGAGACCAAAGCAGUUUAAAUAUCCAGCAGCCAACAGAACAGCUUCCUGCAGAGCUUCUCCAGGAGGAUCCAGGGUUAACAACUGUCGCUAGUUUAAUCGACAGCGCGGAAGAACCAGAAGGGGAAGAGACAGAAGCCCCAAAACAACCGGAAGUUGCCCAAGCAGCGGUAGAGGAAAAGAAAUCUGCGAAGGAACUUGCUUCCGAGUGGGAAACUGACGAACCGGAACUAGAGAAAAAAGAGGAAACCAUGCCGGAAACUAAUAUGGCGGUUGAAACUGAGAAAACUGACGCAGAAGUUGAAAACAAAGACGAUUCUUCACCCCGUAAAUCUGGUCGUAAGGUCAAACCAACGGAGAAGGUAUUGGAGUCUGAAAGCCUUGAAGAGGAAAGUGUAGAAGCCAUCGCGAAGGAAAUUGCUACAUCUGGCCCAGAUGAUCAGAAAAAACCUGUAAAAGCUACACCGAAAAAAUCCGGGAAAGAGCCCGAGCAGUCCGGUGACGAGGACUCAUCUAAGAAGGCGAGGAAGGGACGACCUAAGAAGAAGGACCUGGACGAGAAGGUUGAUAAUGUGACUAAGCUAGGGAACAAUAUGUACUUCUAUACAGGACCAGGAGGGCAGGAUUCACCGCCACCUCUUACUUCAGAUGACGAGGAUUUGGAUUUCGGCAUUCACAAACCUGAUGAGAAGGGAGAAAAGGAAAAGAAAGAAGAGGCUGCCCGGAAAUCUGCGAGACCAGGAAAAGGCCGAAAUCCUCGACUUGAACGUGAGGACGAAGAGGUCGAGAUUCCAAAAAAGUUACCUGCCAAACCCAACCUCAACCCCAGUUGGCUAAAAUCUGCUGCGAAGACCCUGGAGAAGCAGGAGAAGAUGGAGAAGAAAACCCCGGCCAAGAAGAAGGUUGUUCCAUCCAACCCAGCCACACCCGCCACCCCAGCUCUUACUCAGCCUGUGGAGGCUGUUGUUUCCAAGGAGGCUGAUCUCGAGACUGAAGUAGAACCCGAGGUUGGAACCAGAAAAUCUGUUAAAAGAUCUUCUAUUCUACCCCAGCGUGAAGCAUCGCCUCCUAAAGACGAAGAACUGCCGGUGUUUGAUCCUGAAAAGUUUACACCAGGCUAUGUUCCUCAAACCGUGAAGAAAGGAGAUGAAGAAUAUCUUAUCGUUGUUGAAGGUGUAAAAGACACAGGACUUUGUGGUAAGUACUGGGGAGACCUCACCAAUCUACCUUCAAGGAGAAGAAGUAAACAACCGGAACUACUCACCCCUGAACCCGGAACUAAAGUACGACGAGGGAGCAUGAGUAGCACUGGAAGUGUAGAAACUCCAGGCAAAAAGGCUCCUAGAUCCGUGGAAAGCCCAGUUCCCCCUAAAUCCACCAAGAAGCAAGUCACAAAACCAGAAACCUCUAAAAGGGUAGAUGUGUCCAUGGAGGUUGAUGGUGAGAAGAAUGUAGAGGAGAAGACGGAGGUGAAGACGGAGGAGAAGGUGGAGGAAGGGGAUGAGAAGGUUGUAUCAGAAAAGAAGAAAAGAGGAAGGAAAAGGAAGGAGGAUAGUACAGGAACUCCAAACCCUGCCAAGAAACCUAAAAGUAGCCAGUCUGGUGAUGAUAGCAUGGCAGAACAGAGUGAUACCGACCAGGUUGGAAAGAAGAAGAGUAAAGGAUCUCCUGAGAAGACCACAGUAUCAAGCAGAAAUGCCGCCGCUGUUUCAGCAGCACUCGCCGCAGGCGUUCCUGCAGGUCAGCAGAGGUCUGUUAGCUGUGUGUCUGAUACAACGACACAGAAGGAAGUUGUUGUUGAGUGCUUCGCGCCCUACGAUGACCACAGAUGGGUGAAUAUUGGCAAGGAGAGGGACGGUAUGACCCCUGACGCAGUACAGUACGCCAGAGCUCUCAGACCUCCAUACCAUUUACUCUCUUUCCUCAGGAUAAAAGGGCACAGUACUAAGGGGAUGAGUUGUACUGACAAGAAUACAAUGGUUUUUGUAGUUCUUGAAGGAGAGAUUACUGUUAUUCUUCACACCACUCAGUUUAAUGCAAAGAAGGGGGACAGCUUCUAUAUUCCACCUAAGAACUACUACAACCUGAUAAAUCAGAAGGCUCGAGAGGCGGAGCUUUCCUUGAUACAAUUCCAGUACGAUGGACCUCUUCCUACAGUUAGCUCUGCAGCCCAGGCACAAUAGAUUCUACACAGACCGAUUCCAACAGAUUCUACACAGACCGAUUCCAACAGAUUCUACACAGACCGAUUCCAACAGAUUCUACACAGACCGAUUCCAACAGAAUCCAUCUUUUUAGUCCAGACUCGGUAGAUUCUACACGGAGAUUUACACAAUCCACCGUUAAUAUGUCCAUUGUCCACAUUCUUAGCAAUCUACAGAUCAUUUCUGUAGAAAAGGAUUUGGAAGUCAGCAGAGUGACUUUUCCACAUUACCCUAGUAGUACAAUGUACAUUGUACAUUUCAACUAUUCGCAUGUUCUAAAUUUUUAAAUGGUUUCAAAUAUUAUCCUUGCUCCAAUAUUCUUGUUUCAAAAUGUAUAUUCAAUAUCAUUUUGAGACUCGUUGUUGAGUGCAGUAAAAUAUCAAUUCAUUUAAACCUAGAUUUCAAGAAAAUAAUUGUAUCCGUAACAAAGUCUCUAAAUAAUUCAGUAAAAUCCUGUAGAUUUAUCUAUGCCCCGAGCUGGAGAACCUUGGUUCUACAGUCUACACCUCUACAUCAAUAUAUGCAAAUUAGAUCUUCAUGUCCUGAUUUAUACAAAAUUUCCCGUGUAAUAAACCCGAUUUUAAAAUUGUGUAGCUCAAUCCAAAAUAAUUUGGACCUUGGGUAUUUUUCUUUGAAAUUGUUUGUUGACGUUACUAAACUGCACUGUGUGCUGUACAGUGUACAGCCUACUGCUGUAUCAGUACUUUAGAACAGGAAAGUUGGUUUCACAACACAGUACACCAUACAAUUAAAUCAACUGUAGUGGUUCGGUCUUUUCCUGACUGUUACUUCCGUUAAUGUUUAUGUUUAUGUUCCGAACAAUGUCCGAAGAUGAACAAGUAUAUCAAAGUAUAUCAUUUAAUUUUUUCCUCCCCGCACGCGGUGGUUUUCUGGAUUUUCUCCCCACACGCGGUGGUUUUCUGGAUUUUCUCUCCGCACGCGGUGGUUUUCUGGAUUUUCUUCGACGCAAUAUUUCAGUUUAAACUAAAUAAUGAUUUAUAAGUUUUGAAAUAGUGCCUAUUCAAACAUAUACGAUAUUAACCAACUGUAAAUCUUUAUAAAUGCUGUAAAUAUAUGUAUAUUUUCAUACAAAUAUACUGACGAGUAACAUCUUA